AGAAAACAAGACAAGAAAAUAAAAAGAAGGCUGCAAACCAAAGGAAAGAAACUUAGAAUCUCUGGUAGUUGAGAUUUCAAAAACUGCCUUUCUUCAUGAUCUCAAAGUCCUCUAUCUCAAGAAGAAGAAAACCAAAAAUCCUUGUGGUUUUCCUUUGAAAAGAAUAUAUCUUAUUCCAACCAACUAAGAUGGUGCAAAGAAAGGUUCCAAACAAGCUUGAUAUCAAAGCUGAUCAUAUUAAAGCCAACAAACAAAUGAUGAACCUCAAACCAUCUUUACCAAUAUCACCAAAACAUGAUAUCAAGAACAGAGGAGCUGACCUCAAGACAAAGAUGAUGAAGAAAUCAGGCAAAACCAAGCUCUCAGAAUAUGACAUCUGUCACUCACCCAAAUUCAGAAGGCAUGUUCCUCAGCCAGGAAAACCACCACCUCUUGUUCAUACCACUACAAAUUCUUCAACACCAAAGAAGCAGCAACAGCAGCAGUCAACAUCCACUCCAAAUUAUAUGAAGUCCACCAGCAGUUCUGUUGCAAGGAAAGAGCAGUCUCAGGUUAGUUCAAGGAGCCCUCAAUCUUACUCUCAAAGUUCUAGCAGAAAGAAUUCCAAUAACUCAAAGUUAGGCUCAGCUUCUUCUGUUAAUAAACCAACAAGAAGUUUAGCUAGAACUUCUAGUUUGAAACUAGUGAGGACCACCCUCACAAAAACUCCCAGUUUUAAACCAGUAAGAGCUUCAACCAAGAAAUCAUGUUCCCCAGCUGUUGUUCUGUGUGAAAACUUCAAUGUUGAAAGAGCAACAUGUUCAUCAACUUUGAAAGAAGCUAAGUUUCCUUCAUACCUUGAACUUAGUCCCGGAGCAACAGAAUCAGAUGGAACUUCUGUUUUUAAGGUCUGCCCCUACACAUAUUGCUCUCUUAAUGGCCAUCAUCACCCUCCUUUGCCCCCAUUAAAGUGUUUCUUGUCAGCUAAAAGGCGUGCAUUAAAGACUCAGAGGAACUUCAAGUUGGGAUGCCUAUCUCCCCGUCGAGCUAAUCCCCAUGGAUUAGGCUUGAAUGCUAAUGUACCAAAACAAAUACUGAAUCCUACAGAGGUAGCUCCUGUGACAAAUGAAGACGACUACAGAGAUUUUUUUGUCGAAAUUUAUGACAAAGAAAGGGAAGAGAUGGCUGAUACCAUUAGUAAAAACACAAACUCGGCAGAUGAUCUAGUAACUUCGAAUGAAGGCAGUGAAGUGGCAGCAGAUGAUACAGAGGGCAAUCUUGAUCAAAAGAGAGAAGAUAUUUCAGCAGAACUUUUUAUCCUUGGCUUCUCUCUAAAUGAAGGUGCUACUGAAGAAGCAGAUUGUGAAUCCUUGAGUAUGCAUAGUGAAUUAGAUAUAGAAGAGUCUGAAGCUUCUGAUAUGGACUGGGAUGUAGAGAAGUACUAUGCAAAUAGCGAAGGCGAAACAGGUUCAAUCUCAAAUGAUAUAGAGCCCAUCACACUGGUUGAUGAUUCAGUUGGCAGCGACGAGUUUAUGGAAAAAUCAUCUAUUCUGGAAGAGACCUUGGAUAACGGAAGUAUCAUCUCUGGAAUAAGUUAUGAUUAUGAUGACUCACAAUCUGCCUGUUCGCAUACAGAGUUUGACAUUGAUGAGUGUGUUGAAGCGUCUGAGGACACCUCAAAUAACUCUCUGGAUGCCACUUUCUUUCUGGAACAGGAAAUAGCUGAGAAGACAGAAGAUGAGCGCGGUCCCUGUCUAGCAGACGGCGAGGCAGCAACAGUGGAUAAUCAGGUUGCUGUUACCUUCUGUCUAGAAGAUGAAAUUUCAGCUUCUUGCGAGGACUAUACAACUCUUCAAGAUGAUGAUGCAACUACACCUAUGGGGUAUCAAGAGCUAAAUGUUUGCAAUUUCAAUGAAGUACAAGAUGAAACAUGCAAGGACAAUCAAAAAAGUUCUGAUGAAAACAUUGCUGUCAAGAUAGAAGACGCAGAAACAAAAACAGAUUGCUGCGAACAAGGAAAUGAAAACGAUCAUGGCAGUACUGAUAAACAAUUGGUAGUGGAUGCAGAUCUCAAGAGAACUGAAAGCGCUUCUGGUGUCGAAGCAGAUUCAACAGCUGAGGCAUGUGAGGAAAAGCUGAACCAAAUCAAAGAUGCACCAAGAUUUAAAGAUAAGAAGACACAUAAAUAUGAUUUGAGUGUAGAACUGUCUGAGAGCUACACAAACCUGAGAGGCAUAACCAGGCGCAUUGACAUUGAGGAGCCAGGGGAAUCAAAAGAAUUCAAUCCACGAGCACCAAAUUUCCUGCCAGUGGAGCCAGAUCCAGAAGCAGAGAAAGUUGAUCUCAAGCAUCAGAUGAUGGAUGAUAGGAAAAAUGCAGAGGACUGGAUGGUUGAUUUUGCACUCCGACGAGCAGUGGACAAACUUGCACCAGCUCGCAAGAGAAAGGUAGCAUUGCUCGUGGAAGCUUUUGAAACAGUCAUGCCAACAUCUAAAUGGGAACCUCACCUCAGGCGCAGCGCAGCAGGAUUUGCACAUUCUAGACCAAUUCAAGCUUGUCGCUGAUGCCAGUUCAAGGUGGACAUCAGCGGGGAGCAAGUUCUUUAUAAAUUAAGCCUGUCAGACCAAGAAAGCCCAAGACAAAAUACAUUUCUAGGAGCAAACAAGAAUCUUAGGUCCAGGAGCAACUGUUUGUUUGGGUCCAAGAACAACUGGCUUGCUGCUCACAAGUCACAACCCUCCAGCAUGUGCAAAGAUUUCAGCUUAAUGGCAUUAAGGGAGUUGAUUAGGAUUGAAUGAUGGAAAACAUCAUCAUGGAUUCUCCGAUAAUUUGAUAGAACCUGCUAUUAUGCUUAUUUGUCGAGGAUGAUGCCUAUCCAUGCUUUAGUGUUGUUAAGGGUUUUAUGUAUUUUCAUCUAUGGCUUUAACUACAGUUGGCUAAUAUUUCAUGUAUGUAUCCAUGAAAUGUUAUGAUACCAUGAUCUUCAGCUGUCAUCUCGGUUACAAUCUGAAUAAUGCCAAUAACAUGCAUGAUA